UUCGAUAGUUAUCUAGGAUCACAAAGCAUAUCUAUGGUUUAAAACUUUAAAAUGUUUGUAAACAAAACGAUAGAAACUUGAGUGAGUGCGUUGGUUUUAUGGUUAUGUGUUUGUAUAGUGUACUAUAGUACCAGAAUGCGAACUCUGCGACUUGUGCAUGUGGGUAGACUGCGCAUACCACCCGUGCCACAUGAAUUCGGUGUACUAACAUUCGGAACCUGCCUAAGAGAUUUGGUGAUUCGAUGUUCGUCUGCAAGUACCAAAAGACUUUAUCACUUUACACAUUCGCAACAUAACUUAAAUUAUGAAAAAAUCAUCAGAAACGAUAAUAGAGAGAAUUUUGUUUUAGGCGAAAUUAGGUCUAAAAUUAUAUACAAUUCUGUUCUGCACCGAUUAGAAUGGGAAAAUAGAUUGGCAGGCUUCAAGAAGAAAAGAAAAACGUUGAACCGCGGUGAGUCAUAUCACUGCAGCCCUGUCGCAUUAAAGUACGUAGAAGACAUUGCAGAUAGCGAGACGGAAGAACAGCCAGAAGCGGUGUUCAAAGAUGAAAAAGUGGACUUUCCGUACAGGACUUACAGUGAAUUUGGCAGUAGUAGUCUACAUUAUUCUCGGAAUAAUUCUGGUGAAAAUGGUACUGGAAAAAUAAUGGUGUCUGAGUUUACUACAGAACCUGUUCCAAAAGAACAGACCAGUGAGCAUUAUAUAAAAAGCUGGAUGAAUGAUUAUGAGUGUUAUGAUGGUGAUAUAGAACCACCCUGGGAACUUAACUAUGGUACACCUGACACAAAUAUUCCUGUGAGUAAUACCCCAUGUGGGGGAUGUGGUGCUUUAUUACACUGUCGGGACACUGCAAUACCUGGCUAUCUACCAAGUGAGAUAUUUCUUCGUCUGAAUGAAAGUAACAUUAGUGGGACCCUGUGCCAACGAUGUCAUUUCAUUAGGUAUUACAACACUGUUCUUAGUGUCACAGUACCUGCCACUGAGUAUCCGAAACUUUUAUCCGAAAUCAGGAACAAACUUGCACUUGUUGUUUUGAUGGUAGAUCUCACUGAUUUUCCGUGUAGCAUUUGGCCACAAAUACUUGAUAUAAUUGGCAGAAAACGACCAGUGGUGGUUGUUGGGAAUAAGAUUGAUUUACUGCCACAGGACUGCGGUGGUUUUCUUGAUCAUGUCAAGAAAUGUAUCAUUAAAAGUCUUGAUCAGACUGGCUUGUCUGCUGCAAACAUAAAACAUGUAGAGCUGAUAAGUGCUCGCACUGGAUAUGGGAUUGAGGAACUUAUUACAAGGUUACAAAAUAUGUGGCACUACAAAGGUGAUGUAUAUCUGGUAGGUUGUACCAAUGUUGGAAAGUCUAGCCUGUUUAAUGCUCUUCUGCAAUCCGAUUUCUGCAAAGUAAAGGCAGUGGACCUUAUUGAGAGAGCUACUACAUCCCCUUGGCCUGGAACAACAAUGAAUUUGCUCAAGUUUCCUAUACUUCGCCCGUCUGGGUGGAGGCUAUAUAUGCGCACUAAGCGUCUUUUGGCUGAGAGAAUACGCAAACAAGCAGAAGAUAAACUCCGACAUUUUCAGUUGAAACGUAUGAAUGAUGUUCAGUACGCCACACUUGUGGGUCACAUUGGAAGGACAUUUCAAAAUGAAGAACAACCUGAAGUGAACGAUCCAUUUUCUGUUAGUAAAUCACUCACUAUCCAACAGUCAGGUAUAAAUCCAGAAGAUCCUGAAUUUAGUGAAAGCAGAUGGUGUUUUGAUACGCCAGGAACAGUUCAACCCGACCAGAUCCUGAAUUUGCUUACUACAGAAGAACUUAUUUUGACAUUGCCAAAGAAGAUGUUGAUCCCUCGCUCAUUUUGCUUAAAACCCCAAAGAACUUUGUUUAUUGCUGGUCUAGGAAGACUAGACUAUGUUGAUGGAAACGAAUCUGUUAGGUUCACAGUAUUUGCAUCAGAUUGUCUGCCUGUCACUAUAUGCCAAACGGACAUUGCAGACACUGUAUAUUCAUCGCUGCUGGGCUCUUCACUGUUUGUUGUACCAUGUGGUGGAGACAAAAGAUUAUCACAAUGGCCACAACUUGCAACUACUCCAAAGAGCAUUUCUGUUGUGGGUAUCAGUUCACAAGAAAGCUGCGCUGAUAUUGUGUUGUCAUCUGCUGGAUGGAUUGCUGUCACUCCUCCUAAGGAUCAUGUAUGCAAAUUGCAAGCAUGGACUCCAGAUGCAAGAGGAAUAUAUGUGCGUCAGCCUGCCUUACUGCGGUAUUCUGUUAACCUGCGUGGUGCCAGAAUACGUAAAACUCCAGCAUACAGAAUGGGGCGUGCUGUUUAUGUCAAAAAUUAAUUUUGACAUGAUGCGAGUUGCUCAGUUGUCUUGUUUGAACCAACUAAAGAAAUGAUUCGGAAUGAUCAAAACAUGUUUGCCUUACAUCGUAUGGCUUAAGGCAGCACAGCAUACAGAGUGAAGCAGUUUCUGCAUGUGCUUUUUGCAGCACAAAGGAACUGUGACAUCAACAGUGCUUCAUAUUGUAUGAAGUAGUGUGUGUUUGUGUAUAUUACAUACAGUAAACUCUUGAACAUAUUUUUUAUAAUAAAAGCAUACAUUUCACAUGAAAAGAAAUGUUGAAAAU